UGAGCAGGGCAGUCGCCGAGAUGAGCGUACAACCUGUAACUGCAAGCCAGGAAUACCUGAAGAAUCCUGAUCUCAAGAAGGAAGACAUUGAAUCUCUUCGAAACUGGAUCAUGACACAACCUCAGCUUCCAGUUCCUACAGAGGAGCAAUUAAUAUGUUUUUAUCACAGCUGUUACUAUGACAUGGAGGCAACAAAAUCUUGCGUGAAAGUUUAUUACAAUAUUAGGUCUAGCACACCAGAAUUCUUCAAUGACAGGGACCUUAGUAGGCCAGAACUGAAACAGGCUCUAGAAGCUUUAUUUUACUCAACCCUCCCAAUUAAAGAUCCAAAUGGCUUCCAAAUAGUUUUACAUGGCUUAAGACAGUAUGAAGCCAGCAAAUAUAAUUUCUGUAAUGGAGUCAAACUUCUUGCAAUGGCCAUUGAUGCUGGCUUAAUGGUCGAAGGAACAGUUCCUGGUUAUAUUUUUCUUUUUGACAUGAAAGGAGUAAAGUUGAGCCAUUUAACACGUCUUAGUUUUACUUUUCUCAAGAAAUUCUUCACUUAUAUUCAGGAAGGCAACCCAAUAAGGUUAAAAGCAAUCCAUGUGGUCAAUACAUUACCAAUUGUAGACAAAAUCAUGUUUAUGAUAAAGCCCUUCAUGAGGAAAGAACUUUUAGAAUUGGUACACUAUCAUUCAUCAGAUUUCUCAGAAAUUCAGGCUGUUAUACCCAAAAGUUGUUUACCUAAAGAUUAUGGAGGUGAUCUGCCCAGUAUUACAGAACUGCAUGAAAAAUACACAGACUGGAUGGAAAGAAUGAAACCAUUAUUUGAUGAAGAAGAAAAAUACAGAAUUAAUGAUAAACAAAGCAGAAAAGAUUCUAGUGAUGAAAUAAAUAUAAGAAACUUAAGUAUAGAUUAA